CGCUGGUUAAUGACGUUACCACACUGCGACCCACUACGAGUGAGAUACUGAGAUGCUGUCAACCGAUUUGAGAAAGAAAGUGAUCUGAGUCUUGACAGGUAUGGCGUCUGAUGAUGAGCUGAGCCUCCUCGUGAUUGUGGUGGAUGUGAAUCCCAUUUGGUGGGGACAGCAGGCACAAAGGGAACCAGAAACGGCUCUUGUUUUCUCUUGUUGUUGUUACUCUUUGGAACAGUUCACGCUGUCAAAAUGCAUGGACGCAGUGAUGGUAAUGAGCAACGCUCAUCUGGUCAUGACCCGAAGCAACAAACUGGCAAUCAUCGCCAGCCACUGUCGGGAAAGUCAUUUUUUAUACCCCAAUAAGCACUGGAAAGCUGGUGAUUUUGCUGGUGAUGAGUCUUCGUGUGGCAGCAGGGAUGGGAAAUACGAACUUCUAACUGUGGGGAAUGAUCUCAUCAGUGAAGAGAUUAAAAACCUCAUGGAAAGAACUGAAGUGAGGGGCCAGCAGACAGAGACGUUGCUGGCUGGAUCACUUGCAAAAGCGCUUUGCUAUAUCCACAGGGUCACAAAGGAGCUAGAAGCUGGACAAGAAAUGAAAUCAAGAAUUCUGGUUAUCAAGGCUGCAGAUGAUUCUGCUUUACAGUACAUGAAUUUCAUGAAUGUGAUCUUUGCAGCACAAAAGCAGAGCAUAUUAAUAGAUGCCUGUGUUUUAGACGCUGACUCAGGACUUCUGCAGCAGGCAUGUGACAUAACUGGAGGGUUAUAUCUGAAAGUACCACAGAAGAUAGCUCUGGCACAGUAUUUACUGUGGGUUUUUCUCCCUGAUUCUGAUCAGAGGUCCCAGCUUGUUCUUCCACCUCCAGUGCAUGUAGACUACAGGGCAGCUUGUUUCUGCCAUCGAAACCUCAUUGAGAUCGGAUACGUGUGUUCAGUCUGCUUAUCAAUAUUCUGCAACUUCAGCCCCAUCUGCACAACGUGCGAGACUGCCUUCAAGAUUGCAUUGCCACAUGCAAUGAAAGCGAAAAAAAAGAAACUCAAACCAACUACCUGACCUUCAACCAAAAACUGCUCUAUAAGUGGAUGUUGGUUGUUUGUAAUUUUUUUUUUUUCUUUUCUCGCUAAGGUACCUUGGUGGUUCUUUUUUGUAAUAAAUAAAAUGAUGUAUUUUUCAAAAGCUUAAAA